AUGUUUAAAAUAUUGAAUAAACAUAGGUAUCAUACCGAAAGAUCUGACGAAGUUUCAAGAGAAAAUGAGGGAUAUAAUAUAAAUAAUAGGGAAUAUAAUUCUGGUAAUCAAGAUGGUAACGAUAACCGUAACGGCGAAGAACUCAAAUAUCACGAAGCAUACCAAGAGAAUAACGACAAUAAUUAUUUCAGUGAUGGAUACAGAAGUGGUGAUAGAUAUCAAGAUAGUAGUUAUAGUCAAUAUGGACCCGAAUCGUCUGAAAACAGAUAUCGUCAAAGAUUCGAAAGUGUUGGAGAAAUUUAUGAUAGUAAAGAAUACAGAAAUGGUAAUGGGCAUCAAAUAAGUGACUUUAGCCGUGAUAUAGAUGGCUAUAUAGAUCGCGAAAGAUCCUCAGGCGAUAGCAUAACUAGUGAUGACGCAAUUUAUAGAAAUAAUCGUCAUGACCGUGAUGACAAUAAUACUGACGACAUAGAAACCGGUAAUGUUGAAGGAUAUCAAUAUGAAGUCAAAAACUAUGACAGUGAAGGAAAUAGAAAAAGUAAAGUAUACCACGGUAGCGUCGACGAGAAAAAUGAUGGAUACAGAUUUGCUGCAGGAGACACAGGUAUUUAUGAAAGAUACAAAGGUAGUGUCAAAAGUCGUGAUGGUGAAGAAAACAGAGACAGCAAAGAAUUUCUCUGGGAUAGUGACGGAUACAGACUCGGUGAAAGAGACAAUAACAAUUAUGAAGGAAAUCAAGAUAGUGACAUAAAGUAUAACGGCAAUAGAAAUGGAUAUAGUAAAGCAUAUCUAAAUGGUAAUGGUCACAAUAGUAAUGAAUACGGAUUUGGUGAAGGAGAAGACAUUGAUCGUGAUGGAAAAGAAUCUAGAGGUCGUGGAGGAUAUGAAGGUGAUGACCAAUAUAAUGGUGGUGGGUUCAGAAGUCGUGAAGGGUACCAAAGAAAUAACUUUAACUACGAUAACAACGAUCAUAGGGGCCAUGGAAUAUAUUUAAGUCUGGGUAGAAACGGCAUCAGACAUGAGACUGACAAAAUGAUACAUUGCGUUGGGUGCACUAUCCACAAUAACAUCGGCAAUGGGCUCUACAACAGGAAUGAAGUUCACCUAGCACGAUAUAAAAAAUCUAUUCCUGCUAUCCGUCCCCCUCCUAUUCGACAGGGCUGA